AGAACUGUACGGAGUCAUAUAAUUGUGAACAUCAUUGUCAUUCGUUCAAAUACGCAUACUCAAACUCAUACUCACACUCCAAGUAGGUACAAACACUACUAUUGCUCUUGCUACGAAGGCUACCAUGUAGAUCCUAAUAAUGUUCUGCGAUGCCGAAAUGAUAAUUACCUUGAACAUAUCAUUUUCUAUACAACUGUAAUCAAUAUAAAAUCUCUAAACCUGACAACGAACCGAACAUCCAUCCUUACUAGUGGAGUCAAUUGUACUGCUUUGGCUGCAGCUCAAGGUCAUGUUUAUUACGCAACGUCUCGGCUGGGUUAUAAAAAUUAUAUAUUCAAAAUCCCCACUGAUUCGCAUCUAGCAAAAGGAGAAAAACUGAUCGAAACUGAUUCAAUCGUUACAUCAAUCGCGGUUGAUUACAUUACUGGUAAUAUAUACUACAUAGCCAACGGAUCACUAUUCGUUUGUACAAAUGAUGGUACAAUUUGUUCUACGCUCAAGUGUUGUGAUGUGGGAUAUGUGGCACUGGCUCCUGCGUUUGGGUUGAUGUUCUACACCAUGAAAGAACAGUACGAUGGAUCAUACUAUAUUAUGAAAUCGAAUAUGGAUGGCGAAGACGAGAGUAUUUUCGUGGAUGACAUAUUUAGUAAUUCCAAGAUUCCUAUGGUAGUUGAUGAGUUGAAAAAAAUGGUUUUCUAUUUAAUGAAAGAAGAUAAUUUUCAUAGCAAUGAAAGAACUCUUGCACUUAAACCAGUGACAUUUGAUGGAUAUGGUGUAAAUAUACAUAUGCCUAUACAUUCUACCAACUGGUAUCCAGUAGUUUCUAUCACCUUAGUGGAUAAAACUGUAUUCCACACCAGAGUAACUGAAAACAAGUUAUAUUAUAAUAUGCUUGAGAAUUUCACCUACUCGUACAGCAACUCCGAAGCUUCUUAUUUUCAAGAAAAAGAAUCCAGAAUAUUGAAGUAUUUGUACGCACACAACAAACUCUCUCAGAGUUUCCGUGAAAACCCCUGCGCCACAGCAUCAUGCCCUGGGUUAUGCCUGCUUCGUCCAAUCUCAUCUUCAAAUUCUACACUAACUUAUUCCUGCCGCAUGGAAAAUCAUAUUGUUUAUGGAAAUGAUACUCCUACGACUAGCAAACAUUCGAAAUCCGAGUCAUAUUCCAAUUCCGAAUCCAACUCAUCACCCGAACGUUUGGAAAAAGCUGGCGAGUUACCUGAAACUUCACAGUCUCGUCAAGGCCAUAACUUUUUUGCAAUAGUUCUGAUGUUUUUGAUUAUGGUGGUUGUUUUGGGUUUUGGAAGUUACUACUUGUGGUCUGACAAUAGUAGUUUGCGUCAAUAUUAUGGCUCCAUGAGCAUUUGGAAAUGGAGCAGACAUAAUGAACAAGUGGAAUUGGUCGUGGAAACGGAAUAGAUAAACUUGAACCUUAUACAUGGUUCAGUAUUAAAUAUGUACCUACCUAAUUAACUCGAUUUGUUUUUAUUUUGAAUGAAAAUUUAAUGUAUUGGAAAAUAUAUGCUGG